AUGUACAACUUGAGUAGCUACCACACAGAAGACUUCACCCUUUUGGGCAUCCCUGGCCUUGAGCAGUACCAUGCCUGGAUCAGCAUCCCCUUCUGUUUUAUCUAUCUCGUGGCCAUUGUGGGCAACAGUAUUCUUCUCUACCUCAUUGCUGUGGAGCAGAGUCUUCAUGCACCCAUGUUCUUUUUCCUUUCCAUGCUAGCCAUGACAGACCUGAUAUUGUCUACCACAUGUGUCCCCAAAACACUUACCAUCUUCUGGCUUGGUGCCCAGAAAAUCAGUUUUCCUGGUUGCCUCACCCAAUUAUUCUUUCUUCACUAUAGCUUUGUCUUGGACUCAGCUAUACUCCUGGCCAUGGCAUUUGAUCGCUAUGUGGCCAUCUGCUUCCCCCUGAGAUACACCACUAUCCUGACCCCCAAGUUGAUUAUCAAAAUUGUUGUGGGAAUUUCCUUCAGAAGUUUCUGUGUUUUUGUUCCAUGUGUUUUCCUUGUAAAUCGUUUACCGUUCUGCAGGACACACAUCAUCCCACACACAUACUGUGAGCACAUAGGUGUUGCCCGGCUCGCCUGUGCAGACAUUUCCAUCUUUGCCAACCUCUAUGUAGUCAUCCCACCUGCACUCAAUCCUAUUGUCUACGGAGUAAAGACCAAGCAAAUCCGGGACAAAGUCAUUCUUUUGCUCUUUCUGUAUCUUUGA